AUGGCCCUCGACACCCCCGCCCACGCCCACGCCGCCCUCUCUGCAGACGAGCUAGACAUCCCGCAGCCUCCGCCUGACGACUACCAUGCUGACACCGACCAGGACGGCCACGUACACCUGGCCACGUUGGAAGAGAAGAAGCGACGUUGGUGGAGGAACGCUUUCAUUAACACGGCUUUCAUAGCUUCAUGGUAUCUCUUCGCGACCGUACUCUCCGUCUACAACAAAUGGAUGUUCUCGCACGACCACUUCGGCUUCCCAUUUCCACUCUUCGUCACCAUGAUGCACAUGUAUGUCCAGUUCGUGUUGGCUGCUGCAUUGCGGACAUUCUGGCCUCGCAAGUUUCUCUCAGAGCAUACGCCAUCUCGUCGUGACUACGCUACAAAGAUCGUCCCGACUGGCCUCGCUACCGGACUCGAUAUCGGACUGUCGAACCUCUCGCUCAAGACGAUCACCCUGUCGUUCUAUACUAUGGUCAAGUCAUCGUCUCUAAUAUUUGUCCUACUGUUCGCGUUCUUGUUCCGCCUGGAAACUUUCUCUCUACGACUCAUCGGCGUCAUAGCUUUGAUCUUCGCUGGUGUGCUCUUAAUGGUCGCGACGGAAACUCACUUCAUCCUCGGCGGUUUCCUUCUGGUCCUUAGUGGCAGUGCCCUAGGUGGUCUCCGCUGGGCUCUCACACAAGUUCUGCUCAAAAACAAGAAGCUCGGUGUGGACAACCCGGUGUCAACCAUCUUCUGGCUCGCUCCCAUCAUGGGCGUUUCACUCAGUGUCCUCAGCCUGAUCUUGGAUCGUUGGUUAGACCUUGUUGGCAGCCGUUUCUUUGACUCUCUCGGCUCGACGCUACGAACAUGCUUUUUCCUCACCUUUCCCGGUGUGCUCGCGUUCUGCAUGAUCCUCAGCGAAGUCUCGAUCAUUCAACGGGCAGGCGUGCUGCCCAUGUCCAUAGCAGGCAUCGCAAAAGAGGUAUCCACGAUCACGAUAUCUGCCUGGUUCUUCGGUGACGAGCUUACGCCGUUGAAUAUCACCGGUGUCGCCGUGACCAUUUGCGGCAAGUGCCAAUCCCCCAGGCAUGAUCGCAUCGCACUCUUCACCUAUCACAAGUAUAGAAAAUCGAUAGACUCGCCUGUGCCGCUGGACGCCCACGGCAAUCCUGUCAACAACGACAGCAUCGGCGCAGAGGACGCGCACCACCUGCAUGUGAUUGCCGACGAGGAGAGGCAACCUCUGGCGGCAAGCAUGGAACACGACGAGCAGGUCAGCCGCACACCCUCCGCACACUGGCUGUUCACCAUGUCGUAA